AUCAGCAGGAGCAAACUAGAGUAAAUAUGAUUACCAUUGCCACAGGUGCUUUGAAGAGUGAAUACUUAAAAUGGUGACAGUAUGUGGGUCUGGAAAAGGAUCAAUUAAUUAUUCUGACUGAAAAAGGGGAAAACCCUCAAGAAGAAGAGAAGUCAGUAAAUGUCAAAAACCUGGCAGUUUGCCCCUGGAACUAAGCACCAACGGUGGAGGACAGAUCUGUAGGGUGUCUACUGAGGGAGAAGAUGAGGAACAGCAGGACUUUGACGGCGCUCUUUUUACUGUGCCAGGUCCAGUGUUUAGCUGUUCUGGCUGCAGUAGGGAUCCAACCACGCUGCUUGAACAACAUAAACAACUGCUCUAAUAAUGAAAACACAAGAAAUAAUAACCUUGAGGGAAAUGUCGAGAACACUUCUGACAUGGGCCUCCAGCAAAUCUCCACCAUUGAGUUUCCAUGUGUGUCUGGCGGUUUGAAGCGGAUGAAGAGGGAGUGGGUCAUUCCAGCAAUUGAUUUUCCAGAAAAUGACAGGGGUCCAUUUCCCAAAUUUAUAGUGAAGCUCAAGUCAAGCAAUGAAGGAAAGGUGGCAAUAACCUACAGGAUCUCCGGACCAGGAGCUGAUCAGCCCCCUGAGGGUGUCUUUACAGUUGAUCGCCGAUCGGGGGUCCUGUACGUCACCCAGCCACUGGACAGGGAGAAGACAGCCAAAUACAGUCUGUGGGCCCUUGCAAUGAAUGAGGGCGUAAAGGCUGAGGAGCCCUUGGAGCUCAUUAUCAAUGUCAUUGACCAGAAUGACAAUGCUCCACAGUUCACUCACAACCCUUUCUAUGGCAGAGUGAGCGAAAGCGCUGAAGUUGGUGACAUUGUCACAAAGGUAACGGCAGAGGAUAAAGAUGACCCAAAGACAAACAAUGCGAUAAUUAGGUACUGGAUAAAGACUCAAAUGCCUCAAAUGCCCAAAGGGGACAUGUUUACCAUAAACUCAGUAAGUGGAACCAUCAGUGUGGCGGCGGAUGGACUGGACAGAGAGACUCACCCAGAGCACAAGCUGAUCAUCGAAGCUGCUGACAUGCAGGGGGACGGUCUAACGGCCACCUGCAUUGUUCUCAUCAGCAUUACUGACAGCAACGAUAAUGCUCCACAAUUCAUCAUCACAUCUAUGUCCACAUCGGUCCCUGAGAAUGAGGUUGGAGUGGAGGUAAUAACGUUGAAGGUCACAGACAAGGAUGAGUUAGGAUCUCCAAACGCCAACAGUAAAUAUUCAAUAAUCAAAGGCAACGAGGGGGGAGACUUCAACAUCACCACAGGCUCUAAUAAAAUGGAGGGAAUCCUCAAAACAACCAAGGAGCUGGAUUUCGAGAGCACUCCCGUCUUUACUGUGCAGGUGGUGGUGACGAACGAGGUGCCGUUUUCUGGGCCUGCUUCUACCUCGACAGCCACAGUCACCGUAACAGUUUUGGACAAGAACGAGCCUCCUGUUUUCAGUCCAGCAAAGAUCCAUGUGAGCAUCUCAGAGGAUGUGAAUAUAGGGAGUUCUGUAGUCGACCUCAGAGCUAAAGACCCAGACAUACUCAGGAAGCAGAGCAUUAGAUAUAAAAUACGCAAUGACAGUGCCAGGUGGCUGAGUAUUGAUGAAGACACUGGAUCAGUCAGAGUUAAAAGCAGCAUGGACAGAGAAUCACACUAUGUCAAAGACAGCCAAUACACUGUUGUAAUUUGGGGUUAUGACAAUGAUACAAACCCAGCUACUGGGACAGGUACUCUGGUUGUGAAUUUGUUAGAUGUGAAUGACCAUUGCCCUGUGAUCAAGCAGAGGAAAGUUAGUCUGUGCAACAAGGACCCAUUUCCUGCCCUGCUGGAUAUAGUGGACCUGGAUGGGCCAGGUCAUGCUGCACCAUUUACUGUGGAGCUUCAAGGAGAGCACAGGAUCAACUGGAUUAUUAGGACCAAUUCCACAAGCAAUGUAGCAGCCCUGGCCCCAAAAAGGAAGUUGUCUCCUGGGGACUAUUAUGUGCACAUGCGUAUCUAUGAUGUUGGCAUGCUCCACCAAGACAGCACACUGGAUGUAGAGGUGUGCCAGUGUGAAGGGGCUGUUUCCACCUGCUUUGUCUCACGUUCUGCACCACAUCGACACAUUUCUUCCAUGGCAGCCUCAGUUCUGGGAGCAAUUUUUGGUCUUCUGUUGCUGCUUCUGCUGUUGCUGUUGUUGUUGAGAAGGAGGAGGAGGAGGUCAGAGAAGGAGGCCCCUCUUCUAGAAGACGUGCCCAGAGACAGCAUCUUUCACUAUGAUGAAGAGGGAGGAGGUGAAGAAGACAAGGAGUAUGAUCUGAGCCAGCUUCACAGAGGGCUGGAUAGCCAUCCUGAGGCCUUCUGCACUGAUGUGUAUCCUACUGUCCAGAGCCGCCCAUGCUACCGUCUACAACUCCAAGCCAAUGAGGAGAUUGGCAAAUUUAUUGAAGAUGUGAGUGAUGUUAAAAAUAACUUGCGUGUUGCAGACAGUGACCCCACAGCUCCUCCUUAUGACUCUCUCCUGGUGUUUGACUAUGAAGGUGUUGGCUCUGAGGCGAGUUCGCUCAGUUCCAUCAACUCCUCAGACUCAGAUGAGGAGGAAGACUACCAGAGCCUGGCCCAGUGGGGGCCACGUUUCAGCAGGUUGGCUGACCUGUACACAGGAGGGAUAGAGGACAAUGACACAGAAACACUGCCAGGAAAAACUGAAUGGGUCUGACAGGCCCAUGUGUAUUUAAAGAUCGUCCAAAUUUGUGUCCAUCUGCCUAAGGUCUUAGGGGGAGCGGUGUGACCUCUUUCUUCUGCCUUCUGCUGCUUUCUCCAGACUUGGUUGAGGUCUGAGAUGAGAGAAGAUGCACAUGCUUUGUUCAUGCGACAUUCUUAGCUUUUCUGGUUUGUUUGUUUGUUUUUAUAUAUAUUACUUCAUUCAUUCACACCAAACCUCAUUACACUAUUUAUUAAUAAUGUAAUGGAUGUGCCGGAUACCACUAACACUUUCUGCCACUCAUUAAAAACAAAUCAGAAAUUUAGAUGUGUCAAAGGAGGUCAGACUAAAAAUCAAUAUCACCUUUGUAAUCCUGUUUUUUCUUUUCUUCUUUUCCUCUUCUUUUUUUUUACUCUUUUUAUCUUUUUAAUGAUGAUGUGUGUUUUUUUACUUGUUUAACUUAUACAUUUUGUUUUUAUUUGCUUUAUUGCUAAAUGUAGUUCAUCAGGACUUUCAAAGUCUGGAUCACACUACACUUUUUGGCGCAGCAUUUAUCCUGUGGUGUUCCUCAAGGCUCGAUCGUGGGUCCUGUCCUCUUUUGAUUUUUUAUGCUCCCAUAUUAUCUGUAGGAACAAUAUGUCUUUCUGUGGACACACUGAUCCUUUACAUUGUACCUUUAAAUAUGGAUGACUCUGAAGGUCUCAGGACUCUGAAGGAGUUCGUCAAUAACAUAAAAAUGGGAUUUGUCCAAAGAGCCCAGGCUUUCCUUGUGAUACUGAUGUCUUCACGUUUUGUCCUGUGUUUAUGUUAGUAUGUCUUUUGGUUCUUGUGCUAUACGAAUGUGAAGGAUAGAGUGCAGGAUGAGAUGAGUCUUAUGUUUACCUAUGAGAAUGGGUAAUAGAUCUCUAAAACGCACAGUAAACUUUGCCAAGAUGAUAAGCUCUUUAGUCAUGACCAAUGAUCUCCACGAAGCACUUCCUCAAGAGUGAACUUUAUCCAUUCACUAUUGACCAACUCAAAUGAACUUUGACCCUCUGGAAACACAGCACUACACUGAGGAGUAACAGCAGCAGUGAGAAAGGCUGUUUAAAUGUUUCUUAUUUUAGUUAGAUGGCAUUUUCUGUUGACAUGAAGGCUUGUGGAUAAAGGAGUAAAAGUUUUAUAACACUUGGGGAAGGUAAGGGAAG